AUGUUAAAAAAUUACACAACUCUGGAUCUGUCCACCUACUACAAAAUGGUCAAGGACUUUGAAGAAACUAACUCAGACGAACGUGAUUUAGUUUCUUACAUCCACGAAAAACUAUCUAACCCAACCAACAACUUAACUAAAGGUGAUUCCCCUUUAAAACAUUCUGUGUACAAUUAUUUGGGAGUUAAUUUCGUGGUCGCUGAGGUGAAUUCUGAUUAUCUUCUUAAGGGUGUUAUCGAUGGACCUCAGAUUAUAACAGGUCUUAACUUUUAUCCUUCUACAAAGCUUUAUUUCACUCUUAAUAACGACUAUUACUUGAGCAUCUAUUACACUGAUGGCCACUCGCGUGAGUUGAAAACGCUUAACUAUGAGAAGUGGAACCACUCCUGGUCCUAUCUGAAGACUUCGUUCCGCCGCGGACUUCAGGCUCUGGUGGACUUCGCUUCAAAACCUGUUUCGGUUGACAUGUUUCACCUUAGAGAUGGACACGGCUUCAAUAUUACUACAUCUCAGUUCAGCCCCGACUAUUUGGUCAAUACCCUAACGCCUAAGCCGGGAUAUGAAAUAAAGCGUUUGUAUUACAACUCUAUUCUAAUAUACGACACUGAUAACGGAAUUUCCAAACAAAUUGGCCUCAAAAACGCUCUCGAGAACGUGAUUAAAGUUACAUUCGUCCCACGCCUUAGGCCCACACUCCUAUAUAUCACCUCAAAUACAAACUCAUCAAUCCUUAAUAAAUACUACAAGAUCACCAAUGCAGUUAACCCCAACUCACCCAACCUAUCCAAAAUAUCACUAAUAAAGAGUAUCAACGUUUUCGACUACAACUCAUUGCUGGAUACCGUGAAGGGGGUGAAAGAGUUUCUAGUGGACAUAACCGACCUGCACACCACUGAAGACUACAGGGUUUCAAAUCAUACAGUCUCCACUAAAGCUUAUGCAAUUUUAACCCCAAAUAAAGACAGAAAUCUGGUACUGUUAACUCAGGGUAAGACAACUAUCUGGGAGGCACAAGAUGAGCUCACUACCGAGGAAUACGCCUUGGAUACCCUGAAGUUGAAUAAGGACAAAUUGAUGCCCUUUACCCUUGACUUGUCAACUUUGUUGAAUAAGACCGUAAAGAAUAAGGAUUUUAUGAUGAACCAAUACAUAAAUCUGUAUAGGAGGAAGAUUUACGGACUACUCUUUACCAUAGUCAAGCCCUCAUUCUCAACCUACAUUACGGCCGUUAAACACGAUGAUAAGGUCCUAUUCGACAUCAACGCAGACCAAUCUGGUGUUUCAGACCAGUCCGAUAGGGUGUUGAGUGUGGUUUAUGCCUUUAAGGAUGACCCUAGGAUCUUGGCUUUGAACUUUGUGAGGAACUUUGUACCUUCUCAGGCAUACUUUAGGAAAAAUGAUGAGGGAGAUUGGGAAGAGAUUUCAAGCUCAGAGUACGGCAAGUUCCUUUUCUUGCUUAAACGUUUCACCAUGAACCCGGUUGUGCUUGACCUCGAUAGUCCUAACCCCAACUUCUUCACCAUUUUUACUGACCGCUCCAACAAGAACAUCACAAUGACAAGGAUAACUCCAAAAGACAGUUACAAGAUUUGGAAAGUUGUAAGAUCUAAUUCCUCUAACCUUUUCGACCCUUUCAAGGAAGUCAAAUUGUCUGAUUUGCAUAGGAGAUCAGUUCAGUCAAUUGAAGAAGUUUUCUCAAUACAGAACACGUCUGUGUUAUAUGUGGAAUACACUGACGGAGAUCCCUCUCUUUUGAGGCUCUACUACAACACUGACAUGUUGUUCCAGGUCCGAAAGGCAUAUUUUGUUCUAGAGGAUGGCUUUUACAAGUCCACAACUGAGGAGAAUUUCAACCACCUUUUGUCCCUGGCCAAGAGCGCAGGCACUCAGGUUACCUACAACCUCGACCCCUACUACAGGCACGGAUCCCCUAGUUACAGAAAGGACAGCUAUGAAGAGAAGGUUGUAACAGUUUACAACGACAAGUUUGAUCUCGUUUACCCGAACUACGAGUUUAACAUCUCACCUGUGAUGUUCAAGGAGACCAAGGUUUGGGAGGCUCGCCCGCAUUACCAGACCCUAUCAAUUGCCUCUUAUCCCUCAAAGAACCCCAAUCAAAUGAUGUAUUACAAGUUGACAGUCGGAUCCGGGCCUUCGGACGAGGUUGUCUGGAAACCCUCUACACUAUAUAGCAAUCCUGUUUUCGACAGGAACGUUAGGAGCUUAGACUUUGAUUUGACUGAUACCAGGGUUCACUCGACUUUGACUGUAUUUUCUUUCGAGCGCGAGGGCCUCUACACCACUGUAGUUCUUCCCAACAAUGAUACACUUGUGGGCUCAAUUUCCAUUGACAAACGAAAGAUUUGGACUCCAAAUUACGACGAAUCAACUUCUGUUUCUGAGAAGCUUGUGAAGUUUUACUUUACACCCUCUGUUGAUCCCAAGAUUUUGGUCGUGUACUACAGAGAUUUCAAGGGUUACGUGAGGCUGAAGGACUUUAAAAGAGAAUUGUCAAGUUUUGAGUGGAAAGAGAGUUACUCAAAGUUUAUGUCCUAUUACCUGGAUAUGCUUGACUCUUCUUUCCCACUAAACCUUCAGUCCUAUGACAAGUCUAAAUUCAUCUUCUCAACCUAUUCCAAAUACGGAUUCAAAAUCGUUUCCCUAUAUCCACUCCUCUCAACCAACAUCACCAAAAUCUUCUCCAAACCACUUGACCCCAACAGUGACGUGGUUUCUGAUGUGGCUGACUCUGAAUUGAUUUGGAGGAGUGAGGCUCUUGAAAAUUGUUUUUCGCUGCAUUUUGCACCUCCAGAAGACCCUAAGGUUUUGUUGGUAUAUUAUUCUGAAAAGUCUGUUUCUAAGUCCAGUUUAUACUACAAAGACAGUCUUAACGGCUGGAUUCUUGAUAAUGAAAACACUCACCGCCAGUUUAUAAAUCGUUUACUUGACUUCCAAAAUGCAUUUGUGUACCACCUCGAAGACUCAAAUUUGUCUUUGCCCAGCGAGUUUUACACCUAUGAAUACACUGACGUUUUCGGUGUCAGGUUUGGAGUCUGCACUCCAAAGCCCGGUAAGAACCUUGUCGCAGUCACCGACAAAUCAAUGUACGUCUACGAGAUCAAAACAGGUGAGCGAAUUCUCGACGUCCUCUCAGCCCAGCCGAACAAUCCAGAUCACCUCAUAAUCAUAUUGGAUACUAACGUGAAAGAGAGUGAUCACCAAACUCCACUCAUCACAUACAAGUACCUGAAGAAGGUUCGUUCUUGGGUCGAAGUUGGAGAAAAUGAGUUUUUGGAUUCACUAAUGGGUAGCAUGUCAACGGCCUUCUCUCCAAGACGUUUAACCACAAAGGACUUGCACAAUCGAGUUCUGGCCCAGUUAUCUGUUGGAACUUCUUACGGCACCUUCAUGGACAGCACAAAGGAACUUUCACCACCAUCAGACUACGAGCAUUUCACCCUCGACCUCGCCAACUAUAAGGAAAACAACAGGUUCACGGUUAAGAACUACGUUGAAUCAACGGUACCCAGGACAGUCCUGCGGCUGAAACGCGGAUACCUCCUCACCCAACUAAUCCACGCGGAUCAGUCGAUUUGGACCAAUGGACCCAAUGAAUCGUCUCCCUCUGGCAAUGAAAGAUUUGUAACCCAUGUGUACUUUGCCCCUACUGAGGAUCCGAAGGUUUUGACCCUAUUUUUCAGGGACUCUGGCAGCGGCGUUUUCUCUCGCAGGUUUGUUAAAAACGAUGUUUGGACCGAAUUUGAGAGCUUGUCCCAUGACCUUACAAACGACUCAACCCUCUUUACCAAGCUUAACAAAUUUGUGCUCGACAUUCACUUCGACUCGGUCCGCUACUCGUCAACCAUCUUUAAGAAGGAGUUGCUAUACGAGGACACCACUUACUUCAUGAAGAUAUCUCCCAGGGAUAAUGUUGACGUAGUCAAGUUGGUAUAUAAGGACUCGCACCUUUGGGACAAGGGCGAAUUUGACAAUCUAAAGUCUGUACUUGUUUACCCAAUCAACUGCCCCAAGUUUGCGAAGAUUCUCCUUAGCACCGGCAACGGCCUUCACUUCUUCUACUUCUCAAGAGUUAACGAGUUCUGGUCAUGUACAAGCGAGCAAGAGUUUAAGUCUUCGCUUAAGAAAUACUUUUCCCACUCAUCCGAAGACUUCGAGUCUGUUGACCUCUCCAACACCAAAAACUACCACAACCAGACCCAAAAGCUCAAUGUGCACUACGCGAACCUGCAUAAGCUUUCGUUCAAGUCCGUCUCCCCACGCUGGGACUACAAGAUCUCAAAGGUGGUGUUCGGUUCACCCCAGCCCGCUGGGGACUCCGACCUCAAUGAUUUUGACUUUGGACCCUUCAACUUCAAUACUAACACAAAAACAGUAGAUAAGGAUCCAACAAAUUCUGACCUGACAGUUCUGUUUGAACCCACUUCUAACGAGGAUAUAAGAUUGGUCUCAUUUUCUCCCGAACAUGAUCCAAAGUUUGUUUCAAUCACUUACACAAGUACUUUCAACAUGAUCAUACCUCCAACCGCCCUACCAAAGUUAAUAGACUCUCCACAUUCACCUAACCAAUCACCAGAACCUGUCUCAGGUCCAACUCCACCAUCAUCUCUGGUGUUCCAGGUUAUGAGCCCAAUUACGACGGGAGGGAUAUGUCUUCUCCAUUUUACCUUUCGGUGA